AUGUCUUCCAAUGCCAAAGCUGAUGAUCAUGAUGAUUCACUCGUCAAUGCCACUGCUGUAGCCAUUGACAAAGACAAGAACAGCCAGCUUGCUGUUCGUUGGGCUGUUGAUAAUCUCACGGCCAAGAACUCGGUUAUUGUCCUAAUCCAUAUUCAUUCAGCAGUUGGCAAUGGUCAGGAUGAUGAUACUGUCGACGAGGUGCAGCCGCUUUUCACUCCCUACCGUGGAUAUUGUGCCCGUAAAGGGGCUCGUUUAAAGGAGGUUGUACUUGAUCACAUUGAUGUUGCCUCGGCGAUUGCGGACUACAUCAACAGCAAUUUAAUUGGAAACGUUGUCUUUGGUGCAUCAGGAAGAAAUGUUCUUACAAGGUCUUUCUCUCAAAACAUUGAACUAGAAAAAUCUUUGAUCCUCUCUACCCAGAAAGCACAACGGGCACCUACUUGUAAUGUUCCACAAAAGACAGCAUCAAUGCCAGCAAUUCCAUUUCAAAAUCUACAGGAUAAUGCUGAACUAGAUCCAGAUGGAGUUAGAUCACAGUCUGCGAAAGGAGGGUGGAGAAGUGCAGAACCAGGUGGAUUUCCUUUGGACAAGAUCAAUGAUCCCAUGAGAGGACCACAACGUGAGAGAAGCAGAAUAUCCAUUUCUACUUUCUCAACGGACAGCACUGACCUUCCUUUGUCCGGCGGAAGAUCCUCAACUUCCCGUGAUUUUAUACCUGAUGGGUCUCUAUAUUCAGGGAUAUUCACACCGGAAAUUAUGGACAGCUCAGCCCAAGGUUUAGAUUUCUCUAUUGCUUCAGCCUCUUCUCUGAAUGAGCCAAAUGCGGACUCCUUAGAAGCUGAGAUGCGAAGACUGAGGCUUGAGCUGAAGCAGACUAUGGAAAUGUACAGCACAGCUUGCAAAGAAGCACUCUCAGCCAAACAGAAGGUAGUUUUAUACCGUCAGUGA